AUGAAUAACAACAUGGUUGAAUUAGACACAAAUAAUUCUGACAAGACAGUUCCAGAUAUCACGGAACAAACGCUUAUAGAUAUGCCCACAUUAUCUAACGGGGAAAUACAUCAGCCACAGGCUGAAGCCGUAGACGAGGCAAUUGAGAAGGCUGAAACAAAUAGCAGUAUUAGUGAUAUGUUUGGGGCUCACGCUGAUGAAGAGGAUUUUCUAACUAGUAUCCUCAAUAACUCUAACCCUGAGAAUACUACUGAUAUCAUUGAAAACAAUGCUAUAGUCGAAGAUAAUAGCGUCACUGAAAAUGAAGAUAUCAAUAAUAAUAAUGAUAUAAUUGAACAUAGUUCGACAAUUGCAGAUAAUGGUGCCACUGAAAAUAGUAGUAUAAUUGAAAGUAACGCUGCUCCUGAAAAUAAUGGCAUUACUGAAAGUAAAGCUGUUAGUGAAGAUAAGGAUAUUAAUGAAAAUAAGGAUAUCAGUGAUAAUAAUGGUAUAAUUGAUAAUGAUGGUAUAAUUGAAACCAGUACUACUAGUAAAAAUAAUGAUAUAAUUGAGACUAGUGACACGAGUAAAAAUAAUAAUUCUGUUGAAAAUAAUGGUACAUUUGAAAAAAAUAAUACCAUUGAAAAUAUUGAUGUAAUUCAAAACAUUGCCGUAACUGAAAAUAAUAAUAUAACUGAAGAGAAUGAUACCUUUCAAAAUGAUGGUGUACCUGAAAAUGAUAACAUCAGUGAAAAAAAUGCAGGACCUAAAAAUAAAGGUAUAAUUGACAGUACUAAUACUGUUCAAAAUAAUGUUAUAUCUGAAAAUAAUGACACUGAUGAAAGUAAUGGCAUUAGUGAAAAAAAUGUUGUAACUAAAGAUAAUACUAUAGCUGAAAAUAAUGAUACCUUUCAAUAUGAUGGUAUACCUCCAAAUAAUGAUAUCAUCCAGAAUAGUGAAAUCAAUGAAAAGAACACUAUAACUGAACAUAAUAGUGCGUCUGAAAAUAACCCUAUAUCUGAAAAAAAUACUAUAAUUGAAAAUAAUGGUAGAGCUACUGAAAAUAAUUCUAUACCUGAAAAGAAUGCCGUAAGUGAAAAUAACGAUAUCAAUAGAAACAAUGAUAACGCUCAAAAUAAUGGUAUACCUGAAAAUAAUGAUAUCGUUAAAAAUAAAAAUACUGGUGAUAAAAAUGCUGUAACUGAAAAACAUGGUACUACCGAAAAUAGAGAUAUACCUGCAAAUAAUGAUAUAACUGAAAAUAAAAAUAUUAGUGAGAUUAAUGAUACAACUGAAGAUAAAGGCAUCAGUGAAAACAAUGUUAUAACUGAGAAUAAAGACAUAAGUGCAAAUAGUACUAUACCGGAACAUGAAGACAUUAGUGAAAAUAAUGCUAUACUGGAACAUGAAAACAUCAAUGAAAAUAAUACUAUACCGGAACAUGAAGGCAUUAGUGAAAACAAUGUCAUAACUGAACAUAAAGACAUCAAUGAAUACAAUUCCAUAACUGAACAUGAAGAAAUCAGUGAUAACAAUGGUCUAGCUGAAAAUAAUGAUACCAGUAGAAAUGACAUUGGUGACAAUAAUGAAAUAAUUAAAAAUAAUAACUUCACUGGAAAUAAUAAUAUAAUUGAAAAUCACGAUACCACUGAAAGUACCGGUCCAAUUAAAGCUAAUACCAUCACCGGAAAUAUUGAUAUAAUUCAAAAUAGUAGUACUGCCGAAAAUAGUGACAAUAAUAGUCUUACUGAAAAUGCUUAUAUCACUAAACAUAAUAAUAUCACUGAAAAUACUUCUAUAUCUGAAAAUAAUAAUACCAUUGAAAACAAUAAUACCACUGAACUUGCUAAUAUCACAGAAAGUAACAAGAUAAGCUCUUCAUCUGUUACUCCUACGCAGCUGAAAAAGAAGUUUUCAUUUCUAGAUAAUGAUGAUGAUUUACUAUUAGAUGAUGACAGUGAUAGCUUUUUGGAAUCAUCCGAUGAUGAACCUGCUGACAAUCAUGAAACUAAAAUUGAUAGUAGACCUUCAAUUAUUGAUUCAACUAAAGAGAACUUAUUUACUCCUCAACCAGUAAAGUCGAAGUAUGAGCCAUCGGACGAAAAGCCAUCUGAUAUAUUACAGACAUCUCGAGUUGGCGCAAUUCCACCUACAGGCUUCGUUACUCCAACUCCCCUAAAGGCUCAAUUGGCACCUCAAGGUCCAACAAAAGAUGUUAAAAAAUUUGAAAGCCAAAAAAAGAAAACUGAUGCUUAUGAUUUUCCACUCGAGUUAGUUCCACAUAAAAACAAACUAGUACCAGCCAAGGCAGUUGCAGUUCCAGUUGCAAGAAUUCCCUCCAAUAAUGGUGCUAAGAUACCAGCCCAGAAACCCCUGGCGGCAUCUCCAAUAUAUGGAAGCUCAUUACCAACUACAAACCAUUUAACACCAUCGGGCGUGAUUCACAAUCAACCAAGAACGGGACCGCAACUCAACACAGCAUAUCCAUCUUCUACGUCUAAUUUAUAUUCGAAUUCUCCAACUCAGGGCCCAGGCCUUCAAUCUAGAGCAAGGGGUCUCAGCAGCAGUUCUAAUCCAGGAGGUAUGCCAACACCAAGCAAUGAACGUAGCCGUUCUAAUCCAUAUGCACCCGUGAAUAUGACAUCUCCAUUACCGGUUAAUACUUCUUUGAAAACUAGUCCAUUAGGUAAUUAUGGACCUCGUAAUCCUCUGGGUACUAAAAUUCCUCCUGUGAUAGCUACUGCAUUUGACACAGCAACUAUAACCAAUGCACCAUUACAAACAUCUCCUCCUCCUCAAACUAACUUAGUGGUACCUGGCCACAAUAGUGUCUCACAUACUCGUUCCUCAUCUAUUGUUUACACCCCAAAUAAAACUGGAGCUGGCUCCCGUUAUGCACCUCACGCACACAGAUCGAGUUUUUCUAUGACUCAACCGAAUAACAUUACUGGAUAUACUGGAGCACCCCCUGUGAAACCAAACAUUCCUACGAAACCUCUGCAACCCACUUCUUUAAUGGCAAACUCUGAUAUUAUCCCACCAUUAUCUGAGACAGAUAAUCACAGAAUGCUUUCAAGACAAUUUCCUGUAUUUUCUUGGGGAUUAUCUAAUCGAUUUGCUUAUGGAUUAUCUUCAUUUUCUGCACAAAAUAACUAUAUAGGUGGGAUGUCAACUAGUUCUACUAUUUCAGAUAUUAAGAUUGUUACAACAGAUAGUAUUCUAAGAACAAAUGAGCUAAUAAAAACAUUCCCUGGCCCAUUAGUACAUAAUAAAACUAAAUUAAAAGACGUUGAAAAAUGGCUUGACAAAGCUAUAGAAGAUGAACAGAAAAACAAUUCACGUCUCACCUUGCUAAUCUGGUCUUUAUUACGUUUAAUAACAAGUGGAAAUUACGAUUUGAAAGCCAUUUCAUCGAUCAUUUUCAAUUCACAUGAACAGGAAGCUCAGUUAAAUCACCUAGUCACUGAUUCUAGGCAAUUACCAAAUGCUUUCAAAUUAGAUCCAAAUUCCCAAUUAAAGGUCUUAACACUAAUUCAGUUGGGAAGAAGAGAUGAGGCUUUGAAUUUAGCACUAUCUAAACAAGACUUCUCAAUGGCUAUUAUAGUGUCAAGUUUGAUGGGUAAGAAUAAAUGGAGUGAGAUUGUUGGAAAGUAUUUAGAACAUGAACUACUAAAUAAUGGACAAAAUGAGGUAAGCCAUAGUGUAACUAUUUUUGAGAUCAUUUUGGAAGUAGCUGUUGGAAAUGGUAAGGUUGCAGUUGGCAAAUUUUAUUCAAACUUAUCUAGAGGGUCAUGGGCUACAAAAGAAUGGAGAACAAUUACUGCAAGUGUGUUAAAUAACUCAAUGCUUCCUGACUCUAAUCAACAAAAUACUCUAUCUCCGUCGCUAAUUGAAUUUUUAGUUGAAUUUGGUAUUUUUCUAAGCAAGCGCGGCGAAACCUUAGCAUCAUCUAUAUUAUUUAUGAUAGCAAAAAUUCCUUUGUCAAAUAAUGAGGUCCUUAUUGAGACAGAUGUCAAAUUUAGCUAUAUUGCAAAUCCAGUAACUUCGUAUUCUGCAAUUUGGUCUGAAAUCUACGCAUUUUGUACUACUUCUGAUACAAAAAGCAUGGAGUCGACUUAUCUGCUAGCCCAAAAACUUUACCACGCACACUACUUACAGGAGCGUGGAUUAACGUCUCUAGCUUCUAAAUACAUUGAUAAUUUAUCUCCAAUUUUGAAGUCAAAAGCUAAAAGUGACCCUAUUUGUAUGAACUUAUCUCUUCAUCUAGAAGAACUAACUACCAGAAUUUCCAGUUCUAACAAUAGUUGGUUAACAAAGCCUAAAUUAAGUUCCGUAUGGGACCAAUUGGAUAAAUCAUUCAAUAAAUACAUUGGUGGUGAUUCAGAUAUCCCUUCCAAGACAAUUGUGGAGAAAAAAGUCUUCAACAACUUCACACCACUUUCAUCUAGGAAUAAUUCGACUCACGAUUUAUCAAUUCCUUCACCAUUCAGUCACCAUGGCCUUCCUCACGCAAAUUAUGGUAACUUAAAUGUUAAGGAAUCACCAAAACAACUUAUAACACCGUUUAUGAAUUCACCUGACAGGCGUCAUAUAUCUUCAAAGCCAAUUAACAACUUACAACCUCUUGGCCAUGCGCCACUCCUAGGCACUACUGAGCCAAUUGCAAACGGAAAUAUUCAACAGGGUUCCUCAUUCAUUCAACCACCAUUGCGAAGAGUUCAAACUGAACAGGGAAUGCUUGCAAGAAAUGUGCUAUCUAAAGAUACCAAACCUCAUAACCCCUAUGCACCAAAGGUAUCUAACUCUAAAAAAAUCACUGGAAGUAAUAUGCUAGAGAGCUUAAGCAUUUCUAAAAAUUUAUCAUCUCCUUCUAAACCGAUCCUCAGUGUCCCUCCUAAUGAUAUCUCAGACAUCGCUAAAGAAGAUACUAACGCUCCCUCACAAUCGACUGGUAUUUCCCAUGUAUCACCACAAAACUCAUUUUCUGAAACCUCGUCUGUAGGCCUGCCAUCUAAUGCUCAUAUCAAAACUUAUACUAAUACUGGUAUUGAUGAGCUUAUUGAACUAAAAAGCAAGAAAUCAACAAUAUCAGCUCCACCAAUUAAGAAAUAUGCACCACCAAUUCUACCAGAUACUAAUUACUCUAUCUCUACAGCUACUUCUUCUACUACUACUACUACUACUAUGACUAAUAAUAAUAAUAAUGUGACACUUUCUAUUCCUGAACAAAAUAAAGAAUAUACAGUUGAAGAUUCUAAUUUAUCCGAAGCUGUUAACGUUGCUAAGAUAGCUUCAGAAGAAGAACAUCCAGCACUAAACAAUGAAAAAAGAUAUUCAACGACAUCGUUAAAUGAAGAAAAGUUGUUGAAAGAAUUGACAUUGGACGACUACAAUACUAGGACUAGCGAUCCAGUUGAGGGUACUGAUUCAGAAUUGAUGGGAGUUGAGGAAGAAUGGAACAAUACAAUAAUCGAACAUAAACUUGAUGGGACUUUAAACAACAACUCUAACCAAAUGCCUCCAUUACCAGCUGAUGUGCCUGCAACGUUGGAAGACACUACAGAUAUGACAGAUCCUAAACCUGUUUAUGAUGCUAUGAAGGAUAAGAAAACAGAAAAAAGUAUCACCAUUUCCAAUCAAAGCAAAUCGGAAUACACACCGAUUGCUCAAGGUUCAUAUGGAAAGUCUCACUCCACGUCAUACAUGCCGGUUUUGAAUAACAAUAUAUCCCUAACCUUACCACAGAAUACAAUACAAAAUAGCGAGGAACUCGUAUCCGUCAAAGAAAAGGCAUUCCAAGAUUCAUAUACCCCUGUUCAACCAAUAGCUCCAACUCCUCCUACAAGUACACGGGGUUCAGGAAGUAAGGGUCUAGCGAAUCGCUACGCUCCAUCUAUGCCAUCUGUGCAUAACUCUAACAACUAUUUGUCCGAACAACCUGCGCCUGUAACUGCGAAUAGAAAAAGUAGUUAUACGCCGUAUACACCUCCUAUAAGCUCUUCCAGUAAUAUUCCUUUCAAUACUAAUGAUGGCACUAGCCCUGAUCCAAGCCGUACAGCUAAUGAGAAACCUAGUAUUAGACUUGCAGCUUCUGUAAGAAAUGGUGUUAUUAGACCUGACCAAGAUUUUACCAUUGGAAGUUCAAGGUCCAACAGCAUUACAUCUACUGGGAUGGCACGUACAAUGUCGGUUCUAAGCUCUGCUGCUGAUGUUUCAAUUAUCUACGAGGGAGGUGUUGGAGUUUAUAACGAUAUCAUUGAAGAUGAAUCAGAGUCUGACGAGGAAAAUCCAUCUACAAGUAAAGUAAGUCGUUGGCUGAAGAGACAGACAAAAGGCAGAAGAAGAACUGAAGAAAAAGAAAGAAGCAGAGGAAAGAAAAGAAAGAGGAUGAGGAGAGGAAAAGAAAGAAAAGAAAAGAAAAAAUCAGUCCAGAACUCCAAUAAUUCUGCUAAUAAAGCUGAUGCAAAUGGAUGGUUUGGAUGGCUAAAAAAGGAUCCAAAUGAAAAGAAGGUUAUUAAGGCCAAACUAGGCCACAAAUCAAAUUUUUACUACGACGAGAAAUUAAAACGGUGGAUUAGCAAAGAUGCAACGGAGGAAGAAAAACAAUCGGUUGCUGCCCCACCUCCUCCACCUCCAAUUAUGAAAAAGAAGAAAGUUCCAUCUCCUCUCGGUAAUACAGCUCCACCACCCACUAAUAUUCCCAGCUCAAGCCCCUCAUCGUUUAUUUUACCAAGCACUGACAAUGGAAAGUCUGAUCUACCUAACCCAGAUUUUGCUAAUUCAUCUCCCUCAAUAUCUACCUCACCUUUUUCGCAAUCAACCCCAGCACUUGAGAAUUCUGGUACAAAUGCUCCUCCAUUAGGCGCUUCAACUCCAUCUCUACCUAUAGGUGGCGGACCCAGAUCUACUAAACGCUCAUCUAAUUUACCUGGUAAAAAUACUAGUGGUAUUGAUGAUCUAUUAAGUUUGACUUCAAAAGCUCCCCCAUCAGGCAGAAAAAAGAAGAAACCUGGCAGAGGAUAUGUGAAUGUUCUAGAAAAGAACUAA